UUGAGUGCGGCUGACAGAGUGUUUGGUGGAGGAGUUCUGUGAAAAGUUCCUAUUUCUCUGAGAAAAGUGGCGAAGGAAUAGGGAAAAGUGGUUGAAAUUGUUUGAGAAAUAUCACAUUUCAAGUCGUGAAUGGAGUUUAUGUGCAUGGUGGUGUAUUUUUGUGAGAAAUCAAGUGCAAAAUAGAGAGGAGACGUCUGGCUCAGGCAGCGCCAUCAGUGGCGCCGCGAAGAAAGUCUUCCCACGCAAAAUUCAUCGAAGAGGAGGCGAAUCGUUCCCUGUGGUCCUGCAGCAUAAAUGGGAAAUUUCCCCUCAUCGAUUGCCCAUCGAGUUGCCAGGACCAAAGGAGACUGGACGUGCUCAGAGGAGGAGUGAUUAGUGCAGAAGCUAUGGCGUGUGGAGGCCUUGGGAGCAUCCGAUGAGGAUUGAAGGUUGACCCCCUAGUGCUACUGUUAUUGUUUCAAUGAUUUGGUACCACAAACUCCUGGCCAAGAAGCCUCACCUCAUCCUCGUGGCCGUGACCGUCUUCUGUGUAGCAUGUAUUGUUGUCGCAUUGACUACCAGACGCUUCCCGGACUUUUCGGAUCCCACAUUGGGAUUCGAGGCUCGGGGCACGACAAUCAGUCAGAGAUUAACAGCCUGGCGCAAUCUGCUUGAAGAGACCCGUCCGUCUGGGCGUCUGGUGGCGAAUCCUUUCGAGGACUUCCAAAUGGCAGGGCAUUCAGGAGGCCGACGUCGAAAGCUCAAGGGUCCAGCGCAGCAGAAGCAGCGGAAGAAGAAGAAAUUGGCUCUCCCUGAGAAGAUCAAGAUCAUUAAGAAUCUUCCCACGAACGGGACGUACGAUCUGCCGGAUGACUACGACUCCCAGGACAACACCACAGUCUCUGUGAGGCACGAACACUGGGAUUACGGCAGAAACAUCACGUACGAGAGCGAUGAGUCCACGAAGAAGCGCAACAAACUGAAAAAGGACAACUGGAUUAAGCUCACGAAGAUGUACCCUCCGCCCCUCACCACUGACGUCCACACCACGUCCGACGGCUUCUUCUGCGAAUCGCCCAACAAGGAGUACUCGCACUUCGUCAUGCGACGCAUCAACCACCAGCUCAACGAGUCACUGCUGGAGCGGAACGCUCUGCUGGCCAUGUGUGAUCUCGAGCAGGUGAUUGUGGGCACGAAUCUCUACAAUGAUCUGUGCCAGCGCGAGCUCACAUCCCAACACUGCUGCCGGCCUUGGUCGAUUCCCAACUACGUCGCCUUGCUGACCAACAAGUCCACGUGCUUUGACAUUGAGGAUGAGGAUGUGAAUACAGUGAAGAGUUUGCUGCUGGAUUGCUAUCCGUUCUAUCAUAGUUUGAAACUGAGCAACGACUGCACACAAUUCAAGUGCAACGUGCCGCAAGAAUGCACCCAGUUUAAUGCAGUUUACAACAUUCUCCACUACUUGGCCGAUGUGAACUUUAUGACAAUCAAUGACUCCAAUAUAUUUCUGUCGACAGCGAUGGUCUUCAUUCCCAUUGCGAGGAGCACAAAGUCACUUCCGUUCUUCCACCACUUGACGUCCGAGCCGCUGCGGAAUGAGUUGAUUGACGUGCCCGCGAUGGACAUGGGCCUGAAGAAUGCCCUCUUCGACGAGUGCCUCCUCUCAGAUGGCUGGCUCAUUGGCCUCGGCGGAAUUUUCAUUGUGCUCUGCAUGUGGAUCUACACGGCGUCACUGUUUGUCACGACCAUGACCAUUGUCGCUAUCGUCUUCUCACUCGGCGUGUCCUACUUCAUCUACACCCUCAUCUUCGAGCUGUCCUUCUUCCCAUUCAUGAAUCUCUUAGCUGUCGUCGUCAUUGUUGGAAUUGGGGCCGAUGAUGCUUUUAUAUUUGUUAAAGUCUGGCGAUGCUGUAUAGCGGAAAGGACGAAAUCGAGUGGAUAUAAUUUCAAUUCCACGUCAUCCUUCUCCUCGAGUUUUUCUCACACGGACACUCUCACUGACCUGAUGGGGAUGACGCUGAAGCAUGCAGCUCUCUCAAUGCUCGUGACAUCAAUAACGACAUCAGCUGCCUUCUAUGCUUCCUUUGUCAGUUCAAUCACUGCAGUGCGAUGUUUUGGCAUUUUCGCCGGAACUGCUGUGUUGGCCAACUAUAUUAUGAUGGUGACGUGGCUGCCGGCAGCAGUUUCAAUAGCUGAGCGAAUGUCCUGCUGUCCAUCAUCUCGCGGACCCUUCAAGGAUGUGUGCAUGAAGACACAGAAUUGGAUGAAUCGAUGCCGCCUCGCUAUUGAGCGUGUACAAGACUUUAUAAUCCUCCUCGUGCUGAAGUACUCGAGCGUGUGGGUUGCUCUGCUGGGCCUUGUUGGUGUGCUCAGUGGAGUGAUUGUGCUGUAUUGGCCACAAUUGCGUCUUCCCGACUCACCAGAUUUCAAGCUCUUCGUUAGCAACCACCCUUUUGAGGUGUACGAUAGUCAAUUCAAGGAGAUGUUCUGGUUUGAGAAAAUUUACACCUCCAGUGAGAGCUUCAAGCUGCCUCUGCGGUUUGUCUGGGGUGUGGAGCCAAUGGACAAGGGUGACUACCUCAAUCCCGGCGCUAGAGGCUCUCUGUACCUCAACGAAGCCUUCAAUGUGUCUCUGCCGGAGUCACAACUCUGGCUUCUGGACUUCUGCAAGAGACUGAGGAAUCAGAGCUUUUAUCAGAAUAGCACAGGUUUGCUUGUGCCAAAUUGCUUCAUCGAGAACUUUUACACUUUCAUGAUGAGACGAUGCCAAGAUGCAAUGGCAGAGAUUGAUAGGACGCCCUGCUGCGAGAACACGACGCGCCCCUACGAGGCCUACAUAUUCGACGAGUGUCUGCCGCAGUCAAUCUCGUCGCUGUACGAGACGCCGCGUGAAUUUUUCAUUCCUGGUGUGGCUGGUCCCAAAUUUGCUCGUCCCUUUCGUGACAGGACGUCAUCUAAUGUGUCUCUGGUGCGCGCCCUUGUCGUGGAGUUUGAUUCCACUCAGCCCUUCACCAUGUCCUAUUCGGACGUGAGUCGCUUCGUGGCUGAGGUUGAGGAGUGGCUCAAGGGGGAGCUUGAAGUGGCUCCGGUGGGAAUGAAGAAUGGCUGGUUCAUCAGCGAAUUGGACUUCUACGAUCUGCAGGACACUCUGUCUCAGGGAACUUUACUGGCGAUUGGCAUGGCCAUGGGAGUGGCGCUGCUAGUGCUUCUCUUGGUCACACUCAAUGUCCUGAUCAGCCUCUAUGCCAUCCUCACGGUGACUCUGACGAUUUUCGUCACGGUGGCGAUUCUGGUGCUCCUCGGCUGGAAGCUCAACGUCCUGGAGAGUGUUGCGGUGACAACAGCGAUAGGACUUGCGGUGGAUUUUAGUCUUCACUAUGGAGUACACUAUCGACUCUCCCCGGACUCUGAUCGCGAGUCAUCCGUGAGAUUCGCGCUGGUCCGAAUGAUUGGACCCACAUCGAUGGCAGCCGUGACGACAGGAAUCGCCGGAGCACUGAUGUUGCCCUCGCAUGUUCUUGCCUACAUUCAGAUUGGCAUCUUUCUCCUUGUGGUAAUGACAAUAAGCUGGUUAUAUGCAACAUUUUUCCUCACCUCUCUUCUCUCCCUCGUGGGGCCUCAGUAUGGGUUCGGUCAGUUUCGGUAUCCCAGUCUCAGGACGCGGGACACUGCGAAGGCGGGAAAGAAUGGGCAGAAUCAGGAGGGCGCUGGAAGUAGGAAUGUCGGCCAGAGUGCUGUGUCUGAGCAACUUCUGUCUGCCUCCAGUUCGGCUGCUGGGGAUUUUGCCGGGUCGGAGUCUCACGAAUUGGACUCUCUCACGUCCAAUUCGAUCGUGAAGCCGCCGACAACGCUCGAAUAUGCCCGUCCGAUCAACUUUGACAGGGCUUUCAAGAAGAAAUUCUCAUACCCACGCGAACAGAGUCCGUCCACGGCCAGUGCCAUCACUGUGGUGCUGCCGGACGAUGCUCAAGAUGCCAAGCAAUUCUAAGGCGGGUGGCAAUUUCCUUUUGUCGCACAGCAUCUCUCGCUGAAGAUGGGUGAAUCUGUGAGAUUUUCAAUUAAGCUCCUCGUUGAGGGCAUUUUAGCACUGAGUGGGAAAUUGGAGAAAAUGAGAGUGAAGUACAGUGUGUGGCGGAAGUUUGUGGGCACAGAAUAAUUCUCUGUAGCGCGGAAGAAUGAACUUCAGUUUCGGAUUUCCAAUGGCCAAUCUCUGUAAUUCUCAAUUAGAUCAUGACUUUGUUAAGGACUUUAGUUUGAUAGGAGGAGCGUGGGAGGACUGAUAGGAUCUUUAUACUUAGCUCUUCUUGCAUCAGAAUAUUGUAUACUCUUGAUAGACUGAAUACGGCUUUGUUAGCUCUCAUUAGUUAAUUGUGGUAGACUUCUGCUGGUGUGUAUGUUGUCGGCUGUGAUUGUUGACCCAAAGUAAUUGACAGUGUUUGACGCACUUUGAAGCUGAAGUUUAAUCAAUUGUGCUCAUUUGGGUGUUUAUAUCCGUGUGCCACUGUACUUCUGGCGUUCUCUCGCCGGGAAAGAGCUAUUAUUUUCCCUCCUACACUUAUCUUUAGAGGCCUCAACUUUGAUCUCUUUGUGGUACUUAAUGUGUUCUUAUAGGAAAAAAGCAGAAGAGCUGUAGUGAAGGGGAAAAUCUUGAGGAAAAAGUAAUUGUAUAAAUUAUUAGGCUAUCUUGAAACUUUUUCUCAUAACUUUCAUGAUGCGUUGUGCCAAGAUUAAAUGUGUAACUUAUAUGUACAAGGAAAAAGUCUCUAUCACGUCACGCGUGGCUGGUGAAAGUUGUGAAACUGCAUACAUUCUAUCGAUCUGCCAAGAGUAAAUGUAGUGUUGAUACUCAAAUUUAGAGUGAUAAGGCAACAAUGGAGAUGAUGACGAAAAAAAAUAUUGACUGAUUUUAUAGUUAAAGAAAAGGGUGAAGAAAACAAAUGAAGAGUUUCAUUGUAUAAAAAUAUUUGUCGUUUGCAAUUUUGCAUUUGGAGAAAAAAAAUCAUGAGGGGGAAAAUGCGACGAAAGAUGUUAAAAGUGUGUUUGUGUUUUUGUUGUUCUUCUUUGUAAUAGGAUUUGUAUUACAGGGAAAACGUGGUUACUUAGCAAUGGUGAGGAAGAUAUCUUGCAUCUUCUCGCCCAUGAAUGUUCUCUUCCUUCGCGCAUUUCACUUGAGUUUUCGUUUAGCCAGAGAAAAUGAAAUGAGAUGUUAAUUGUGAUAAUUAAGUAAGAGAAGGAAAAUGAUGUUAGGGCAGAAAAUGCAUUGUGUGCAUGUUGAGUGUAUUUGAUAAAGGGUUGAGGUUGGAAGGAUGAAGAAAAAAACAUCAAUUAAUUUUGUGAAAAGAGUGAGUCAACACGACGAAUGAAAAAUCAAUAUUUGCCUCCCAUUGAAGUUCCUUUCUGGGCAAUGAUUCUUUGGCAAGAGGACGACGGGAUUCUCAGUGUUUGCAACUCUGAGGGCCGCAGUUGCUUUAAUGAGAGGAAUCGGGGGUGAUUCUGGGAGGAGUAGUGGUAAAUUUUAAAUGAGUAGAGAUGGGAAAUUGCACAAGUUGUUGGAAUAUUGAGUGUGGGAUUUUAAUUUGUGAGAAAUUUCGCCAUUGUCUGCAACUUUUUAUCAUAAAAUUUUAUUUGACUGCUUAAUAAUUCAGUAAUUUGAAUAAAUUUUUGCUCCUCAUAAUGAUCAUGUCUUCGGGCAAAUCGUAUAGGCGAAAUAUUAUUAUUCAAUUAAGAGGGAAAUACUAAAGAAAAUUUCCACCACUCACUUGAAUUGCAAAUGUUCUUUGGAAAAUUGUUGACAUAUUGAGAAACAAACUCAAGUUUAACUAGAAAACAGGCAAGAAAUAAUUUUGCUUCUUCCAUUGUUAUGAGAAGCACUCUUCAGCAUUGUUGCAAUGCACGAUAUGAAUAAUAUUGCAAACGCUCCGGCAAUAUUUGAUAGAAUAAAAGGAUAUUGAAAUAUUGCAAACGAGGAGCAAUCGAGAAGCAGUGCAUAAAGUAAAGUGAAGACAUGAAUAUUGGCUACACUCGUGCAAUUUCUCAUUCUAUUCAAUUUCAAUCAGAAGCUUUCACAAUGAAAGACGAGACAUUUUUCAUCGCCACAGACGAAAUUGUAUUAAAAAAUAUGGCGAAAGCAGUGAAAAAUCCAUGUGAAUAGCAGAAAGAAUGUAAAAUUGAAGGAUGAAAUAAAAAUAUCUUGUAAAAAUGUAAAG